AUGCCGAUAACCACGAUCCACGACUUGCGGACCGCGGAUGCCGCGAAUGUGCCCGAAAGAAACGGUCCGCCAGAUAUCGAGGCAUCGGCUGGGCUGCUGGAUGGAAAUAGGAGACGACAGUCUUCAUCGUCGUCGUUAGGAGAUAGUUCACAAUCUAUUUCGGAAAAGGAGUCGCAGUUCCAUCAUGCGGUGAUGUCGGUUAUUUAUAUUCUUGGCUGGUACCUGUUUUCAGUGUCGAUAUCGGUGUAUAAUAAGUGGAUGUUCUCGCCUGAACAUUUGGAUUUCCGGUUCCCGAUAUUUUCUACGUCUAUACAUCAGUUGAUUCAGACGAGUUUAGCAGCUGCGAUUUUAUUUGCAGUUCCGGAAUGGAAACCACAGUCGCCUUUCACGAAUUUCAAGGACUAUUUCCGACGCAUUGGCCCCUGUGCAGCAGCGUCUGCUGGCGAUAUUGGCAUGGGAAACGUGUCGCUUCGUCUCGUCACUCUGAGUUUCUAUACUAUGGUCAAGUCUUCGAGUCUGGGGUUUGUUUUGUUGUUCGGAGUCUUGUUUAAAAUAGAGAAAGCUACUGCUAGAUUAUGUGCUAUUAUCAUUUUCAUGUCCAUUGGUGUGUUGAUGAUGGUGGCCGGUGAAACCCAGUUCCAGCUGUUCGGGUUUAUUCUCGUCAUGGGCGCUGCUGCUUGUAGUGGUCUUCGUUGGUCGCUCACUCAGCUUCUUUUAAAACCAGCUGGUUUUGGCAGAGACCAUCAACAUCACCAACAUCAACAUCAGCGACAUCAGCAUCAUCACCAGUAUCAGCAACUUCAAGAAGACGAAACUCACAAUAGUGUGUAUGAGAGUAAUAACCACGGUCGUGUCUCGAUGGCAGUCGACGGAGAUCUCGAUAAAGCAGGUACUUUAUCGCCUACUGUCUCUGUCGUUAGUUCAGUACACAUGCAGUCAGAUUCGUCAUCUCCUUCUCCUUCUUCAUCUUCUUCUUCACCAGCUGUUGGUCUGCUAGCAGCAGCUCCUAUUGUAUCCAGCGAGGACAGACGUCAACUCCAACUUCAACACGACUAUGGUCAUAACACUACAACCACUGCUGGUUCCACUGAUCCCUCUACAACUAGUGGCAGCAAACACACUACACACUCUACACACAAUAACCCUAUAUACACUAUCCUGUCACUGUCACCCAUCAUGGGCACGAUUCUCAUGGUCAUGUGUCUCAUCAUCGAAGGACCAAUCCAAAUCGUCAACGCCAAACUGUGGCAGGAAAAGGGGUUCCUCGGAGGCAUUGGCCUGCUCAUCUUCCCCGGCAUCCUGGCAUUCUGCAUGACUCUCAGCGAGUUCCUCCUUCUCAACCGGACCAGCGUCCUCACUCUUGCCAUAGCCGGCAUCUGUAAAGAGGUCGUGACCAUCUGUGUCGCAUGCAUUUUCUUUGGCGACCGACUCACCUUCAUCAACGGCCUCGGCCUCCUUGUCACUACCGCCUGUAUCGGCGCAUACAACCUCCACCGCUACAACGAGACCAAAACGCGACACUCGGCAAAACAUCUCGAGGACUCUGAAGAAUAA